AUGGAAAUCAGCUUGAGGUUCCAGGACACAGACACCCCACCUUCCAUGAACUCUCCAAGGAGCAAUAUCAGCAACAACUGCAUGAACUGCAGCAAUAAUAGCAUUGGCAUCCCAAUCCCCACCACACCAAAAACCUUCCCCAGAUCUGACUCCACGCCUUACCCCACCACCUUCGUCCAAGCUGACACUUCCACUUUCAAACAGGUAGUUCAAAUGCUCACUGGCUCAUCAGAUACCACAAAGCCACAGCAAGAUCCACCAGUUCCACUUCCAUCAUUCAAGAACUUCAACAUCCCUCCGAUGAAAACAACACCAAAGAAGCAGCAAGGGUUCAAGCUCUAUGAAAGGAGGAACAACAACCUUAAGAACACCCUCAUGAUCAACACCUUGGUCCCCAAUUUUGCACACAGCUCAGGGUUCUCCUCACCCCACAAGCCAGAGAUCCUCUCCCCAAGCUUGCUUGACUUCCCCUCCCUCACUCUCAGCCCUGUCACUCCAUUGAAUGAUGACCCUUUUGACAAAUCUUCUUCACCUUCAUUGGGAAGCUCCUCCUCCGAGGAAGAGAAAGCCAUAGCUGAAAAAGGGUUCUACUUGCAUCCCUCUCCCAUGUCAACUCCAAGAGAAUUUGAGCCUCAACUUUUACCUUUGUUCCCUCUGAGUUCACCUAGAGUUUCUCAGUCGCCUUCUUGA